GUUGGCAACAGUUGAGUCCCAUUCGUUCACCCCGGGGUGUAGAGCAGCGAAUGAGGCUUUUGUGGAGAGAGUAUUUGUCUCAGGUAGUUAAUGUGCAGCUAAACAAUAUGGGUGACGGCAGCGGAAGCAGCAACGCUCCCAGCUCUCAACAGCCAGGAGCGCUGGAUAGCGGAGGCAAUAACAACGACCAAGAACGAACUCGUUAUCGUCUCUGGCUCUCGACCAUGGUGGAAAGUCUCACCAGUUUCUUUUCCCAACACGGAAUCAAUUCAUCUGAUUCGGUCGAUGUGACUCCAGCACCUACUCCGCAACCACCAACAGCAACGACGACAACAUCGGUAGCCGGAAGCAGUCAGGCCAGACCAUUUCCAUGAAUUCCACCCAGACCUGGAACUUCGGCCGUUCCCCAGUCAUUCCCUUACGUUUCCCGUUUCUCCAACGCGAUGAGAGACGAAGGAUUCGUGGCUGCGGUAGAGGAAGGCCCCACUUCGCCGACUAUUGGCAGACCCCGAAAUGUCCAGCCACCUUGGAGGGUUCUCCCGCGUGUCGGACAUGUCAUGGGAGGAGGCGCUGGAGCUGCCGGAAUUGCUUUCGGGGGAGCCGAACAAGGACCAGGUCAACAGCGCUGGACUCUCCGCCGGAAUGCGGAAUCACAAGUGUCACUCAGCGCCCAUCUGACGUACCGCAUCCAGGCCUGGAAUUUCUGCGCCAAAGACGGAUGCAUUCACGACAUCCGCGAUCCUUACGCCAACAUUGUCGUUCCCGAAAGCAAAAUCCACAAUGACGCCAGUGUCGAUGUUUCAGCUGACGGCCGGUUCCUGAUUACGCUCGUCGCUUGCACUUCACUCACUGGAGCUCUCAUUAGUCUGCAAAGUUUAGAACCGUCUCGGUUGGGUUUGUGCCUUGCACAAGUCAAUGUCGACCAGUUUGUCGUGUCCGUCAGCAUUUCACCAACUUGUCGCCAUCUUCUGCUGGGCUUGGCGAGUUCCCGCGCCCUGUCUGUGGCCAGUCGUGAUCAUGCUCUUCCAACACUCUGGGCCCAGGUGUAUCAGAUUCCUACCAAAGUCUUUCAAGCUCAGAGAAACAAUCCGUCAACUACGGCUGCUAAUGCUGCAACUGCUGCUGGCCAAAAUAGUGUCGGCGACCUUCCGGCUGACCAAAUGCAGCAUUCCACCGCCACAAGGCAGUUUGCUCCACGUACGUGA